AUGAAAACUCUAGCAGCCCUUAAGAUUUUGGCCACACAUCUCUGAUCACUCGUUGAUCUAUCAUCCUUCAUCGACCAACCAGUCUCCAAAGUUAGUGAGUGAGAGAGUAGCAGCUAGCAAUGGAGAUUUCUGCCCUAGCUUCUUCUGCUACUCCAAGACCUUCUCUUACAACUCCUUCCACUUCUCCACACACUGUAGUCACCACCACCUUCAGCAAACCUCAACUGAGACGCUCCCACGUAGCAGUAUCACUUCCUACCUCAACCACCAUUUCACUGCUCGCUCUCUUCGCCCCUCCAAGCGAAGCCAAAGCCGCUGUCAGCAUCGCCAAAGACCAGAUUGUCUCAUCUCUCACCCAAGUGGAGAAAACGCUGGAUCAGGUUCAGGAAGUGGGUUCGGGUGUGCUGGACACGGCACAGCGUAUUGCUGAAGUGAUAGGGAACGCUUUGAAGCCUGGCAUCGAAACGGCGUUGCCAAUAGUUCAGCAGGCCGGAGAAGAAGCUUUGAAAAUUGCUUCCCCUGCCAUCUCCGAAGCUUCCAAGAAGGCCCAAGAAGCGCUCCAAAGCUCCGGUGUUGAUACUGAACCUGUUAUCUCUGCUGCUAAGACAGUGGCAGAUGCUGCACAACAAACAACCAAGGUGAUUGAAGUUGCCAAGCCAAUAGCUUCCUCAACCGUCAAAACCAUAUCUUCUUCAGACCCUACUGUGAUUGCUGGAACAGCAGGAGCACUAUUUGUUGCUUACCUCCUAAUUCCUCCUAUCUGGUCUGUCAUCUCGUCUAAUCUUCGUGGUUACAAAGGAGACCUAACUCCUGCUCAAGCCCUUGAUUUGAUAUCCACACAAAACUACGUUUUGAUUGAUAUUAGGUCAGAGAAAGAUAAGGACAAGGCUGGUAUCCCUCGCCUUCCCUCUAAUGCUAAAAACAGGAUGGUUGCCAUUCCUUUGGAAGAACUGCCAAGCAAGCUCAGAGGGCAGGUCAAGAAUGUGAAGAAAUUGGAAGCUGAAAUAGUCGCUUUGAAGAUUUCAUAUCUCAAGAAAAUCAACAAAGGCACCAAUGUUGUGAUCUUGGAUUCGUACUCGGACGUAGCAAAAACAGUUGGAAGAACACUAACCAGCCUUGGUUUUAAGAACACAUGGAUUGUUGCUGAUGGAUUCUCUGGGAACAAAGGGUGGUUGCAGAGUAGACUAGGAACAGAUUCGUAUAACUUCUCGUUCGCAGAGGUGCUGUCACCGUCAAGGGUCAUCCCUGCGGCUGUGAGAAGUUUUGGCACAACCAGCCAAUCUAGCACGAAGCUUCUUCCUGGGGCUGAAUAACUUUUUUCUUCACUAAACUCUUGUGCAAAUAGAAAUUCACUCUUGUGCAUGCUCGAGUCAUCGAAUAUAUUUAUUUGAUUAUUUCAUCAAUGUCUAAAUGUUUAUUUCCAACCUUUUACCUUUGUGGGUGUUUCGAGUGGCUGCGGCUACAUGCUCUUCCCUAAGUUGCAACGACCGAGGAGAAUGCCAAAAGGUUGUAGUUGUUAUAUAUACUUGUAUUGGAUGCUUUGGCCGAGGAUGUUUAGGCGUCUGUUUGGUUUAAUGUUGGAAGACUUAAAUGAUCAUUGAAUAAAAAAUUCUAAAUUCUUACUUC